UCCACAGAGGUCGGAGGUCAGAAGCUGGACAGCCUGCUGAAAGAGGAAGCUCUCCACAACACUGAGCUACAGGAGAGAUGGGGUGUCUGCCUGGACGGGGCCGACGGUUCGGACGUCUCGGGGCCCAGGAAGAGUUUCAGUGAGCAAAAGCUGCAGCAGUGCCAGGAUGACUGGGGGUCUGUUCUAGACCAGGAGCCUGAACCACCGGGCCCCGAGGGAGACCCAGGGGACCCCACUGACCCUCUCUACCGCCCUUGUUACAGCAUGAAGGAACUGGGGGGCGGCUUUGAGAAGUCUGGUUGCGACGGUGGUGGUGGUGGCGGCCAUCUUCUAGACAUAGAAGGGCUGGAUAGGCUUCCUGGUUCUCCGACUCGUCUGGGGGCGCUGAGCUAUGGAGCAGUGGGUCACUACCAGGUGAACCUGGGGGGGUCUGAGGGGGGAGACCAUCACCAUCGCUCCCACAUGACUGACCCACAUCGGGGCCGGAGGGAGCAGGUGGGAUCGCUAACGCCAUCCUCCCACCCGGAGGUGGGAGACCUGAACUGCCUGUUGAUCAACGAGGAGGGGUACCUGCAGGACUCCAGUGUCUUGUACCCCAAACACGGUAUGCCAGAGGCGGGUAGCAGAGCCGGCCACAGGGUGCUAACCUCCAUCCACUCUGGAAGCUCAGCCCACAACAACAACACAGAGAGCCUGUAUGGCGCCGCUGACGACUUUGGACACUCUCUAAACUUCAGAGAUCGUUCACAAGAGCAGGUAAAAGGAGGAGGGGGGAGGCGUCACGCCUGCAAUCAAUCCCACAAGCAGAAACACGAAACGGGAAGAGGGUUGAGUGCAGGGUCAGGGUCUGGGCAUCCAUACUCCCGCACCCAGUGCGGUAAGACCUUCACCCAGGCAUGCAACCUCAAGGUCCACCAGGCUGAGGGACUCCACCUCUGCAGAGAUUGCGGCAAGGGCUUCACCUCCUUCUCCGACCUGAAGAGGCACAAGUGCAGCCAGACGACAGACAAGCCCUACUGCUGCUCCAUCUGCGGGAACAAGUUCAGUCGGCUCUGGAACCUCAAGCUGCAUCAGCGCAUUCACACGCAGGAGAAACCCCACCGCUGCACUAUGUGUGACAAGAGCUUCGCUCGGGCGGACAAUUUGAAGGUGCACCAGCGCAUCCACACUGGGGAGAGACCGUACUGCUGUGCUGUCUGUGGACUCCGCUUCAAACAGCUGGACCAUUUGAAGUCACACCAGCGCAAACACAGGCCGGAUCUCGUGGACUGAAUCUGUUUAAAAAAUAUAUAUUCAGUGUAUAUAUAUCACAUUUUAUUAGAAUAUUUUUAGUUUUUUUAUGUGAUCAAUUGUUUUUUAAUAAGGACAUUGAAAAUAUGAACUGUUGGAAAUCUAACCAUGUGUUGAAUGAGCUUACAUGAUGGACUGUCUGAAUUGUCCGUCAUAAUGAUCAUGCCAACCUAGCUGACGGCUCUAUCAAUCGCUCCAGAAGAAACGUUAGUGGGCGUGUCUUUUGGCCGGAGUCAUGUGGCUGGGUAGUCAGACUAAAGCCAACCUUUAGAAUAAGUAUAACAUUUUCUGUUCAUCCAGCUUGCCUUCUCCCCCAGUCACUAACCAUACUGUAACCAUACAUUUUCUUCCUGUAUAUAAUAUCUUAUGUUAACUGAAUGGAAAAUGUUACCUGAAUUGCCAUAAUUUUAUGGUUGGUCUUUUUGUACAAUAAAUAUUUUGCUCCCCACA